AUGCGCAAACCAGAUGACGAGCUCGUUAUUCAAUUCAGGAGGAAAUUCGGAGACCUUCUCUUGACCUGCAAUGGUGAAAGAGGAGGGGGAGGCGCUUUGGUUGGCCUGGGGGAUCCGACGUUACCUAUUAGGUAUGCCAACGAUAUUGAGUUCGUGGGUGCUACGCAGGUAGACAACGUAAACUCUGAACAAGCAUUGGGGCUAGUGAGCAGUUCCUCAAUUUCUCGCAAAUCCAAUGCCCCCGAGUCGUUGUCUCCAAUGGUCAUUCCUAAAAAGCUUAAGAAGUCUCACGAUCGCAACCUGCCAGGAUCGGGCGCGGUCUUCCACAACAGAGCAGGUGACCUCCACUCUCCUAUGAUAGAGUGGGGCGCAAUGACCACGCCUUUGCUUGACGCGUCAAACCAAUUUGCCUCGCCUAUUUCUUGGGUUGGGCCUGACUGCUUCACUCCGUUGGCUCAGACUCAACACUGGGUUUGUGAUAAUACACAUUAUGGACUGCCGGACUACAUGCCGGAUAUCUUCACGCUCCAGGAUUCUGCUUACUCCACGGUGGAUGGAUUCAAUCAUGGCAUCGCGACCGAUGAUAUUUGCGAACAAGCAGAGUCAAAGGCCGCAUUCGAGGCUGACAUCAUUGAAGUUCUGCCACUUGGCAAAGAAGAAACAUUUCGCUUCAAUGUGACCCUGCAAGCCCCAACAGCCAUGCUUCGGCAUACCAGGGAGCGCCCAAUGACAUAUCUCAACAAGGGUCAAACCUACAGCCUUGAAGUGGUAGACUCUAAACCACCCAUAAAAAGUGAUAGGCCGCUAAAAUAUAGAACAUUUGUGCGGGUAUCUUUCGAAGAACAGGAGCAGAGGUCGAAUCCUGUUAGAUCAUGGGAGCUGUGGAAAGAUGGUAGAGGCCUCAAUGAAGCUUACAAGCGUCAAAGCGAGCUCUUGGCCGUCGAAUUUGUUGAGCCUUUCCAAGAUAGUGCUAGUUUUUUGGAGCAUCGCCAGAUUCGACUUGAAAAAGCCACUGUUGAUGGGUUCUGUGUCACCUGGACAGCUGAUCCAACUGCGAAAGUCUGCAGAUAUACCAUUCCACUAAGGUUCAAUUUCUUAUCGACCGAUUUCAGCCGCUCGAAAGGCGUGAAAGGGGUACCAGUCAGGCUGUGUGCAAAAACGCAAAUCUUACGGUCGGACGGCGAGGAACAGAUGAUGGGGCGCGACUCAGAAAUGUGCUAUUGUGUAGUAAAGCUCUUUCGAGACCACGGUGCCGAACGGAAAUUAUCGAACGAUAGGGCACAUAUCAUGAAAAGAAUUGAAAAGCUCACGAAAGAGAUCACCAACAGAGAGCUGAGCAGGGACUUUGUCCGACCAACUCGCGGAAUCGAGCUGUUGAACGACUGUCAACUCGAUCAUCGGCCUCAGAAACGCAAAUGGUCGACGAAAUCGCGCAAAGACCACACGACUGAUGAGGACCUUCACGCGGAGUUGGCCAAAGCACAUGAAUUAUUGUCAUUGGGCCAUCAAGUGAGCGUUCUCGGCUUUCGUGGUAAUGAGCAAGAUGAUCCGGAUUUGUAUCCUGUCAUCUUACCACGCGGAACAAAUACCGUGAUGAAAACCGAAUACAUGGAGAACAACAAAGCGGAGAGCACAUCCACGCCCACAGCCUCGGAAAAUGCAGGUCGAUCGCCGGAAGAGACCUACGUGCAAUCUGAUCAUCUUCCAAGCCUUGUCAAUCCACACCGUUCGCUUGAAAUAGCAAAAUUUUGUGUUGGAGCCUUGCAAGACUCUCCACUUCCUGCAAUGCAGUCACCUAAAGCUGGUUCGUAUCACAAUGACAAAAUAUCUUUUGCGUAUUAUGCUUACCAUCGCACAGUUGCAUGCUUUUACAUACAAUUAAAACAAGGUGGAAAGGCACUCUCGAGCCACCAUCAUGCCAUAUACUUAGUGAAUCGCACCGCUCUCGAUCUCAAAGAACAGCUUGCGAGAAUGGCGCACGUUGACCUUAGUCUUAUCACUCAUAUCUUCUGGGAAACUAGCAGAAGCUUGAAGGUUGUGGUUGAUGACAAUUUGGUCCAACAUCUUCCCGAGGCGCAAAUUAUGAUUGCGGAUAUCCGUGUUAUCUCGCACAAGGAAGUGACUUCUUCGGGCUGCGGCGGCCCUUGUUCGCUAGAAGUCAAGCUUGUUUUCUAA